AUGUGUGGUGCAGGUAGCCCGUUACUAAAUGACCUAUCCCGACUCUCUGAGGCGACUGUUGCUGGUUAUUUGGGUUACUCAGAUGCAGUGCAUCUGCGCCAGUUGAUGUGGUCAUACCCAGUGAUGAAAGGGGCAAUGGUUUUUGAGACAGUUUUUAAGAAACAGCUCCAGGUGCAUGCAACCUCAAUACUAGAGGCCUCUAUUGAGAAUCCAGAAGCGUACGAUUACGAGUUGGAUCUUAGUACACUCAUUGCCAGUUAUACUCUCCAUAGUGAGGAAGAGAAGGCAGAUCAAGAGGCAAUAAACCUGGUGCAGAAAAUCCUAUUUGCAGGUACAAUUCACCAUACUGCCAAUGCUCUUGAAACACUUGAGUACUUAACCAUUGAGGACGCUCAACUUCAAUCCGAUUUUACCUAUCACCGUGUCAAUAACACCAAGGUUAAGGCCUUCAAAGUCCCCCAGUUUAACAAGUCAGCUCUGCUUUGCCCGACCCUUGGCCCGCUUUCACAAUUUGGCGAGCACCCUAUGGAGCGAUACUGUGCCUACACAUGCAUCAGAUACCUUUUGUACCAGACAACCGCCUCUAAAUUUGCUGCUACUACGACAAAGGUCGGGAAGAACACAUACUUUGCACCUAGCGAAGUGACUUUAGAUAGGCUCCCAGCUUGGAUGAGCAAGGACACGGUGUUGGAGACCCCAGGGGCAGAGGCAAUUAUUGAUCUUAUGCACCAAUACAAGCCUGCGCCCAACCAAAUUUCUCUCCGGCUUGUUCGUGAAGAUGUCACUGACGAUGAUGACAAACUCACUGAUCAUAUCAACACCUUCCUCCGGCGCUGCAAGAUCCAUCUACAAAAAGAGGACACUACCUACCAGCACGAUACAAGUGAGUUCAACGUCGGCCCUCAAUGGCGUGACCACCUACGACACGUGUUGUUGCUCCCUCGUCUCUGGUGCGAUUUCAGUACCUUGACGUUAUUCUCACUUAACGAGGCUAUAGCAAUCGAGCCAGGCCCUGUACAUGUUCCAAAGGAGUGUCCGUGGACUAUCUACAACAACGACAAUCCUGAACAGGUAAUUCCCUGGACUGACGUUCAAGAGAUCCUACAAGCUGGGGCCAAGUUUCAGAUUCAAUAUGCCCUCAAGGUAAUUGAUACCAAUGAGGACGGUCCAUAUCCAUUUGAGUUUAAUGGGGGACCUAUCCAGGUGCGCAGUAACAUUGCUAUUGCUACUACUGUAUCUACAGCAAUCCGGGAUACUAUUAUGGCAGAUGAACCUGACAACACUAGACCUCAACCUAUGGAGAGCCUGGCAUUAGAUGACAAACCCCAGUGUGAUGAUAAGGGAAAGGGGCCCAAAACCACAGAAGCUGCUACCACCACCCCCUCAUAUCUAGAGGGAGUCCUGUCUGGGGCAAACACACACGGCAUUCGAGGGGCUAUAACCCCAGAUAAGUUAUUUGGCGACAGCCAAUUGUAA